AUGUCGGAGACGAACGCGAACCUGACAAACGGCGCGCCAGCCGACGAUACGGUGUGUAUCGUCGGUAUCGGCGUCAUGCUCCCGGGCGCGAGCGACAAGGCGGAAUUCCUCGAUAUGCUCACGUCGAAGCGUAGCGGCAUCGGAAAGGUGCCCAAGGACCGCUGGAAUGCAGACAAGUAUACGGGCCGCGGAGACAUUCCCUCCAAGAUCUGCACGGACCGCGGCGGUUUCCUACACUAUAUCCACGACUUUGACAACCUCGAGUUUGGCAUCUCGCGCAAAGAGGCAUACGACAUGGACCACCACCAGAUGGCCCUGCUGAGCACGUCGCUGCAGGCGCUCGAGGACUCGGGGCUGGCGUACCGCGGGUCGAGCUGCGGCGUGUACGUCGCGGGCUCGCACGAGGCGCACAACAUUCCCCGCGACAUGUACGAGAUCAGCGCAUACAACGGCACAGGCAGCUCGCCGUCGAUCCAGGCAAACCGGCUGUCGUUUGCGUUUGACCUCACCGGGCCGUCCAUGUACCUGGACACGGCGUGCUCCGGCGGUCUCACCGCCGUGCAUUUGGCGCGCUCGGCGAUCCUGCAGGGUGACUGCGAUACGGCGCUCGCGGCGGGCACCUCGCUCAUCUUCUCGCCGAACGCCUCGAUCUCGUUCAGCAAGCUCGGCACGCUGUCGCCCGACGGCGUGUGCCGGACAUUCGACGCGGACGCCAACGGAUACGUGCGCGGCGAGGGCUGCGCUGUCGUGGUCCUUAAGCGCACGUCGGCCGCGCUGCGCGACAACAAUCAUAUCUACGCAGAGGUGACCGGCAGCUGCAUCAACGCCAACGGCCGCGGCAGCUCGCUCACCAUGCCCGAGCGGCGCAUGCAAAUGCACACGAUGCGCCGCGCCUAUGCACAGGCGCGCCGCGCACCGCACGAGGCCGUCUACGUCGAGUGCCACGGCACAGGCACGACGGUCGGCGACCCGAUCGAGGCGAACGGCGUCGGCGAGGUCUUCAGCGAGGGACGCGCCGAGGCGCGGCGCCUCGCGAUCGGGUCCGUCAAGACCAACGUCGGCCACCUCGAGACCGGCGCCGGUAUCGUCGGCCUGAUCAAAACCGCGCUCUCGCUCGACACCGGCCUGAUCCUCCCGUCGCUCAACUUUCGCACGCCGAACCCCAAGAUUCACUGGGACGCGUUCAAGAUCCGCGUCGCGACCGAGGUCGAGGAGUAUCCCUCGGACGCCCUCACGCACGACGGACGGUACGUCGCGUCAGUCAGCUCGUUCGGGUUUGGCGGCGCGAAUGGGCACCUGGUGCUCGAGCGCGCGCCGCACCAUGCGCCGCCCGCCUCGGCGCUCGCGAAAGACGACCUGUUUCUCGUGGCCGCGGGCGGCAUGACCAGCCGCUCGCUCGCGGCCGUCACAGAGGGCAUCUCUGCCGCAUUUGCGGCCGCGCCCGACGUGGUGGACGCCGCGCUAAUCGCACGCGUCGCGACCGAGCGCGCACGCGGGCACACCCUGACCCAGUACGCAGUCGGGGCCGCCGGCGCGCCGCUCAAGUUUAGCGAGCAGAAGCUCAUUGCCUCCAAGGACCUGCGCAUGCAGAAGCUGUUUGUGUUUAGUGGCCAGGGGCCGCAGCACGGCGCCAUGGGCCGCCGCCUCUAUGCGCGCUACCCCGCGUUCCGCGCGUCGAUCGAGCGUAGCGACGAGGUCGUGCGCAAGUUCUACGGGCGCUCGUUCGUGCACGACUACGGGCUUUUUGCGCCGGGCGGCACCGCCGCCGUUCCUGCCGGCGAUGACGGUGUAUGGGACGUCGACGGGAUCGUUAUCUCGAUCACCAUGUUCCAGAUCGCGCUCUACGACCUGUGGGUCGCUGUCGGUCUCGUGCCCGACGCAGUCGCCGGCCACUCGGUCGGCGAAAUCGCGGCGCUCUACGCCUCGGGCGCCUUCUCCCUCGAGCAGACGCUGCGACUCGCGCUUGCGCGCUCGCAUGCGCUUGCGGAUCUGCGCUCGGUCGGCGGCACGAUGGCUGCACUCGGCACGGAUGCCGCCAGCGGCGAACGCCUUGUGCGCGACGUCCUGGACGAGCAGCGCGUCUCGGACGGCUUGUGGAUCUCGGCGGUAAACUCGGUCGAAGCAGUCACCGUGUCGGGGCGCAAGGAGCUCAUUGCCGCGCUCGUCGAAAAGGCGCAGGCCCGCGGCAUGUUUGCACGGCCGCUGCGCGUCGGCGGCCCGUACCACUCGCCGCUCGUGGACGUGUGCAAGGCGUCGUUCUGCGACGAGGUGCACGCCGUCCUCGGCGAGGGCGGCGUGUCGCAGCGCACGUUUGUCAGCACUGUCAACGGCACAGUGUACGAACCUGGCAGGCGGUUUGAAACGGACUAUUGCUGGGACAAUGUGCGGAACCCCGUGCUGUUCCAGCCCGCGCUCGAUGCCUACUUUGCACACGGCAAGCAGCAGGAGCAGUCGAUGCUCGUUGUCGAGAUCGCCCCGCACAAUGUACUCCUCUCCUACAUGGACGAAAUCGCCAAGGCGGCCGGCGUUGCGGAAACGACCACGGUCGUGUCGAGCGCUCGGCGCCCGAACCUGCGCGCAGGCGAGGCGCCCGACGCCCCUGCCGAGGUCGAGCAGUUCCUCCACGCGGCCGGCACGAGCCUGUGCGCGGGCGCGCGCGACCUGUCCGUCGACCUGCUCGAGAGCCUCGCGCCGGUGAGCCUCCCGCUUGGCUACAACCACAAGCGUCUGCCCAACUUUCCCCUGCAGGGCGUGGAACAGGAGUUCUCCGAGGACCCCGUGUCGGCGAACCGCCGCCUGGCGUUUGACCCGCGCCCACUGAGCUCGCCGCUGUUCCGCAUGUCGCCCAAGACCCACAGCUGGACGCUGGGGCACCAGAUCCGCGAGGCGAUCGUCGUGCCCGGCACCGCAUACCUCGAGGCGGCAUUUGAGUCGGGCGCGCGCACGCUGCGCCAUGUGCAGAUCCACCGCGCGCUGAUGCUUCGCGAGGACGACCUGCCCAAGUACUGCGGGCUGCGGCACACGGACGUGCCAAACCAGUGGACGUUCAGCUCCGCGUCCAAGGUCACAACCGACGACCGCGGCGUGAUCCUCGACACGAAGCACGCGUCGGGCUUUGGCUAUCCCGAGCCCUCGACGCGCGGCCCGGCCAAUGCGACGGAGCUGCUCGGGGAGAACUUUAUGGACGACUUUGACCUGACGAUGGAAGCGGACCACUUCUUCUCCAAGAUCCGCAGCACGGGCGCCUCGUACACGCGCGAGUUUGCCAUGAUCACCAAGCUCCUGACGUCGUCCAAGCGUGGCCGCGACUACCUCAGCUUUGUCGACCCCCUGCCGGACCUCUGGACGACCAAGGAGGCGCAGGGCAUGUGUGUGCACCCCGGUCUGCUCGACUCCCUGCUGCUGUCGACGUGGGCGAUCGUGUUCUCGUUCGAGGACCAGAGCAAGCUCGUCAAGGACACGUACAUGCCCUCCUCUUUCGAAGAGGUCUCGCUCCUGGUCGACCCGGCAGAGCUGCGCAGCGUGCGCGGCUUCAUGAUCCACUUUAUCUGCCUCGAGGCGAACGAGAUCGGCACCUGCCUCGACAUUACGCUCUUUGAUCGCGACACGGGCCGCACGCUUGUCAUUGUGCGCGGCCUGCGCUCGCGCCGUGUCAUUGAAAACGACGGGCAGGAGAUGGUCGCGUACACAGAGACGUGGGAGCCGCGCUUCCUGGGGCCCAUGGCGCACCUUGCGCCGGCGCUCGACGAGAAAGAGGCGGUGGCGGCCGUGGCCGACAUGUCGCUUGUCCACGCCGCAGACCGCCUCUCUGCCGAAGCAGAGCGCAACGCACAGGAGAUGUAUGCACUGGACGCGGUGCGCGACGCCGUGGCACUUGGCGCGGUGGCCCUCCUCGAGUCUGUGCUGGAACAUGCCGCGGCCGAGGGGCGCCAGGUCGUGCGUGUGCUCGAAGUGUACGUCCACCAGAAAAAGGCGCGGCUCAGUGGACUCGUGGCCCGCGCCGCGAAGCGUGGGAUCCACCUCGAGGUCGUUCCGCUGAACCUCGCCAAGAACAAGGCGCAGGGAGACGCGCCAUACGACAUUGCGUCUGCGGCCAAGGACGCCGAGCGCGUGCGCCCGGCAAGCUUCGAGUUUGUGUGUGCCAUCGACGUGCUGCGCUCGAGCCCAACGCCGCAGGACGCACUCGACGAGCUCGAGGAUAUGCUUGUUCCUGGCGGCGUGCUCGCCGUGUUUGAGCUCUCUGCUGCGAAUGCAGUGGUGUGUGCUGCAUGCUACGGUGCUGACAAGCAUACCACCGACUUUUUGCAGUCGGCCGGCUUUGACAGCGGCAUGCACACCACGGUGGUGCGUCAGCGCACCACCCCUUGGCUGUGCCGUGCAGGCCACGUCGACGUGGAUCCCAGCGGCGUGACCAAGCUGGAUGAUACCACGGUCGUGUACCGUUUCUGCGCUGGCACAGAGACGGAGCUUGUCGAGGCGGUCAAGUCGCUUGGCGCGAAUCCCACAGGCUCGGUCUGGGUCCUCGGCGAGGACGAUGCGCAAGGCGCGCGUGGCCUCUCGCUCGCAGGCACCAUCGAGAACGAGUUCCCAAACAUCCAUGCCUACGGCGUGGUCUUUGCCAGCGACGUGCCCGAGGAGCGCCGCCUGGCCGUGCUCGCCGAGCUGAUCCAGCUCGCGCCUACAGGUGCCGUCGAGCCCUUUACGCGCGUCUGCGGUGGCGGCACCAUCUUCCAGCGCCGCAUCGUGCGUGCGCCUGGAAUUGUCGAGCAGCCGCUCACGAGCCCGUGGGUGCUGGACCUCGAUGGGCGCCAGCUCGCUGCGAGCGUGUCGGCACUUGUGCCUCACCAGUACCUCCCGCCACCGCUCGGCCCGCACGAAGUGCUCGUGCGCACCGAAGCUGUCGCACUCAACUUUAAGAAUGUACUCUCCGCCACAGGACUCUUGCCGGCCAACGACCGCCUGUCAGAGUUUGCAGGUACCGUCGUCGAGAAGGGCAGUGACGUGACGCGCUUCCAGAUUGGAGACCGCGUCAUGGGCUCGUCCAACCUGUGCCGCGAAGGCACGCAUGCGACUGCGGGCGAUCUGCUGCUCACCGCGGUGCCGGACAACAUGAGCACCCUGGAGGCCGCCGCCUUCCCGAUCGUCUACGGCACCGUGUACCAUGGCCUGGUACAGCUGGCCAACAUCCGCCGCGGCGACGCGAUCCUGAUCCAGGCUGCUGCUGGCGGUGUCGGCGUGAGUGCGAUCCAGAUUGCGCAGCGCCGCGGCCUCGAGGUGUUUUGCACCGUGGGCUCGCAGCAGAAGCGCGACUUCCUGCACAAGACCUUUGGCAUCCCGUACGAGAACAUGUCCAACUCGCGCUCGAUCGAGGCAUGGCGCGGCGAAAGCCGCCGCUGGCUGCAGGCACGCAACAAGAAUGGCUUUGACGUGGUGCUAAACUCGCUACAAGGCGUGGGACUGCAGGCGGGCCUGGACUCCCUCGCGCCGCUCGGGCGCUUUGUCGACAUCUCGAAGCGCGACCACCUGGCGGGCAGCCCAAUGACCAUGGCGCACUUUGCCAAGGCGAUCUGCUACUUUGCGAUCGAACUCGGAAUGCUUGCACACAAGGACCCCGAGCGCAUGGCUCAGCUGAUGGAAGAAGUCACUCAGGAGCACGUCCAUGCGCCGUUCCAGUACCUCGUGGGCCACCCCUUCUCGGGAGUCAACGGCCUCCAGGAGGCGUACCUCUUGAUGGAGUCCGGCACGCACAUUGGCAAGAUCGCCGUGGACCUCUCCGAGGCUUGCAGCGCUGGCACACGCUCGCCGCAGCUGCCGCCCAAGGCGGUGUUCGACCCACGCGCUACCUAUGUGUUGCUGGGUGGCUGUGGUGGACUAGGUCCGCGUCUGGCCAUUAUGAUGAUCGCCAACGGCGCCCGCAACAUCAUCCUCACCGGCCGCCGUGGAAAGCUCGACAUGGUCGACAAGCGCUCGAUCGAUGCGAUCGGCGGCGACCCACUCUAUCCUGGCGUGCGCGUACGUGUGAUGGCUGCCGACGCAUUGAGCGAAGACGACAUGCGCGGCGUGUUUGAUGCAGCGAACGAAAUGGCGCCACUCGCGGGUAUCUUCCACAUGGCCGUCGCGCUCGCCGACGACCAAUUUGUGAACAUGGACGAGGCCAAGUUCAAGCGCGUCACGGACAGCAAGCUCGGUGUGCUGGAGGUGAUCGAACGGCUGGUCGAUGUGUCUUCGCUGGACUUUUUGAUGCUGUUUUCUUCGACCGCCGCGCUCUACUUUAACCCGGGCCAAGCGAACUACAACGCGGCCCAGGCCUACUUCAACCGCAUGGCCAAGGACCACCGCAACAUCAUCAGCAUUGCCGUGCCCGCCAUCACCGAUGUCGGUGUCUUUGCGCAGCUCGUGGAGGCCAAAGGAAAGACGGCCGCGACCAAGUCGAUGCUUGCGCUGGCGUGCUCGUCGCGUGAGCUGUGCAUGCGGAUCCGCGAUGCGUUGUCGCGCACGGUGACCAACCAGCCGGUGCCGUACUACAUCCCGGGCAACCUUGACUGGACCGUGAGCUACAAGAUCGCUGAAUCGUGCCGCACCUCGUUUUCGCACCUCGCCGAGCACGACGACGACGACGAGGUUGUCGAGACGGGCCUCCAAGAGGUGGAUGCAGUCACCGGCAUGCUGUGCAAGCUGCUCAACCUUGAGCCCGACAGCAUCGAUGACUCGGCGUUCCUCUCGGCGCUCGGACUCGACUCGAUGUCUGCCUCGCGCCUCAGUGCGGUGCUUGAUGCAGAGCACGGCGUGAAGAUGACCCAGCUCCAGCUGCUCGGUCCCGUGUCUGUCGGCGCUCUGCGCGCGGUGCUCGCCGCGACCGGUGACGAGAACGGCGGACCCAAGCAGGCCCUUGCCGACAAGGCCGAGGACUAUGCUGCAGACGUCACGAAAUUCGAGAGCGAAGCAAUCACCGACGAAACGCUCGGUGAGUUUGACAUUGCGCAGAUCAACGCCGAGAACGACAAGCUCCGCGUUUUCAUCACGAGCGGUACAGGGUUCCUGGGUAGCGCGGUGCUGGCAAGCAUGCUUAGAGCCCUUCCCCGCGCCCACUUUACAGCGCUUCUGCGUGGCGACUGUGUCGCCGGUGCAGAGCAGCGGCUGCGCGAAGCGUUCUCAAAGAACAUGCACGAUACCGCAGAACUCGGCCGCGUCCAUGUCGUGCUCGGCGACGUGACAAAGCCGCGCCUCGGGCUGUCGGACGCAGACUGGACGCAACUUGCGGCAGAGACGGACCUCGUCGUGCAGACACACGGCAAGGCCGACCACGUCGCGGGUUACCGCAGCCUCGUGCAAGUGAACACGUACUCGACGAGCCAGGUGCUUAAGCUCGUCGCAACUACGAAGCCCAAGGCCCUCUGCUACUUCGGCUCCACAAACAUGUGGAUCAACACGGCAGGCGAAAAGAACGUCAAGGUCAUACGCGAAGACUUUGACUUGUCUGCACUCGCAUCGGGACUGCUGGGUGGAUACCGCCAGUCCAAGUGGGUGUCCGAGAGGCUUGUGGAGCGCGCACGCGCUCGUGGCGUGCCGGUGCUCGUGGUUCGCCCCGGUACACUCGGUGGUAUCGCCGGCAUGGGCGAAGAACUGAACCGCGAGACCUACCAGCUUGGUCGCAGCAAGGACAGCUUUAUCAAUCGCAUCAUCGCAGGGUGUGAGCAGUUCGGAUAUGCGCCCAUCUCGCAGGCGAACUUCUCCGAAACACCGAUCAGCUGGUUCGGCGACAUGUUUGGCCGUCUGCUGACGAAGCCAGCGGCGUGGUCUGGCAAGUAUCCUGCGUUCCACAUCAAGAACCCGCACGCGCUUACGGACAUGAACAGCUCGCGCGUGGAGACUACCUUCAAGUGGAUUCCCAUGGACGAAUGGGCUACAAGUUUCAAGGCAUAUGCAAACACGGAGGAAGGUUCUACAAACCCUCUCACGCCUCUGGUCGGCUAUAUCGACCUGCUCGUGUCGCUGCCUGACUUCGAUAUGCAGUUCACCCGCUCCGUGCUCGGCGAGGAGUUCGUUGAAUGCCCCACGUCGUAG